AUGAGCACUGGAAGCCCCCCCGAGGAGGUCUUGGCCCAGGUGCUCGGCUCCCUGCGCUCCAUCCAGCAAACCCAGUCGGACCUUGUGGCUGCCGUCGAUUCAUUGACCCAGCGAUACCAUCAGCUGUCUGGUGAUGCCAAUGUCGCCGCCGCACUUGCCCCGAGCCCGGCUAUCGGCGUAGCCCCCGAAGCACUCCGCACCUCCGAUGCUGCCGGUGGCUCGGACCAGCAGUCAUCCGAUCUGACCCUCCAGGCCCCGGCAGUUCCUUCGUCUCCAAGCCAGCGAUCCGGCCUCACAUCCCGUAUCAUCUUAACAACAUACCCAAAGCAGAUUGGCAUCAAGCCUCUGCCCCUGAUUUGGGGCGAGGGAGAGCCUCAUCGCCGAGGUCCAGUUGUCGUUUCCCGAUCUUCAUCCACCAUUGGAAGACGUAACGCUCUUGCCAGUGGCGGGUCGUAUUCAAUUUACUAUGCUUUGGCUGUUGCUAGCAAACAGCUUAACCUGGAGCAUAGACCCGAUUUCACCAACACGGAGCCGGCUGCCAAAAUUGGACCCUUUCCUCAGUGGGGAGACCCUCAGAAGAUUGUGGCGAUGGAUCCUUGGGGACAUUUGGCGCCGUGGCUCUUCAAAGAUACGAUUGAAAGAGACAAUGGUACGAGAACCUCGAGAACAUCGUCUGCACAGACAGUCACGCACUAA